AUGUUUGAAGAUCAACAUCAGCUAACAUGGAUGCUCAAAGAGACGCCUCUGCCCAAAUUGUUAGAAAUUGUAUAUGACAACUUCAAAAACCAUGGUAAUGCUCUGCAUUGGGUCAAUAAAGUCAAAACGACAGAGGAAGAAUACGUGAUGCCAGCGACUUAUCAAGAGUUCGUCGGUGAUCUCAGAGGAAAGCUUGGCGCUGAUUUGGAAGACGUUUGUCGGCAAAUCAAUGAAAAAAUCAAUGAGGAAAUCAGGAAAACUGGGAAGCCUCACAAUGAAAUGACCGUUUCGAAACUUUCGAUGAUUCUGGAUUGUGUGAAUCAUAUGGAUUCAAAAGAUUUGGAGAAUAAGCAGAAUCUGCCUUCAUCGAGUUCAAGUGAUAAGGAUCAGACGAAGAUUCCAAACGAAGAUAUGACCAACGACGAACCAAUAUCGGAAUUAGUUCAACAUUGGAUUAACAACAUAAAAUCAACCGAUGAAAGCCAUGACAACCAAACAAAAGUUGGAACUGAAAAGAAAAAGAUAGACUGGGCAGAAUAUAUUCGGGAGCCACUGAACAGGUAUCAGGAUUUUAUCGAUAAGAAGAACAACGAAGUUCCUGUUGCGAGUGUUCCGAAGAAUCAUCAUUCUGCAAGACUUUUGCCUUCGCAACGUCUCUCUGAACCAACAACCUCUUCCAAAUCUGCGGAUUCUAUUCAAGCUUCUGUUUCAAAACUUCGGAAACUGAGUCAAAACAAGGAGGAAGUUGAUAGAAAGGUCUCGAAACUUCCGAAGUGCCUGAAAUCGAAUGGAAAUAAGGAAAAGGUUCUGAAAGAAGACUCGAAACCUGAUGAUCCGAUUCAGCAUCCGUCUCACAAAAAUGCUAUUGCCAAGGUUCAAACGAAGAAGAAAGUGCAUUCAAAGCUGACGAAGCCCUUUCAUAGUGAAAGUCUUGAGUUGAAGAAAUUGUUGAAAGAUAUUGGAUACGAUGAUUCUUAUCAACGAUACCAGAAGAGAAAAGAAAAAGAAGUCGAAGAAUUGAAGGCAUUGAAACUCGAAAUUCAGAAGAAAGAUGAAAAAAUCGAGGAACUCGAGAAGAUGAUGAAGGAUUCAUCGCAUCUGGCAGCUGAGAAUUCGGAGUUGAGAGAGGAGAUUAGAAAAAAGGACAGCUAUAUUCUGGACCUCGAAUGGGAACGAGAUCAACAUAUUUUUAUUCGAGAACAACAGAAACUGAAGGAUGAUCGUCUGGAAAUGCAUUCCGAAGAUCAGAAGACUUCAGAUGAAUCGCUGGCGAAAGAUGCGAAAAUUGAUGAUUUGGAGAAGAGAUUGAAGGAAAAGGAGCGAGAGAAUGAAGAGUUGAAAGCGUCGAUUCGAAAUAUGAUUGUUUCUGAUCGAGAGGCAUUCAAAAUGGUCGAUAAUCACUACAAACUGAAAAUGGAGGAAGAAAAGAAAAUGAAUUCGGGUCGAAUCGACGAACUGACUGCUCAAAUGGAGAAAUUGACCAAAUGCGUUGAGAAAUUGAUGAAAUAA